CAGCUGUGCUGAGGAUGAGCGUGAAGCCCCUUGAGGAACGUACGGCACAUCGUUUGCCUUCAUCCCUACGCGAUCUUUCGUUUUUGCAAGUGAGCGGCCUUCAACCAAUUUGGUCGCACGUGUUUCAUUUGAAGCAGUCAUAAGCUCGGUUGUCAUGGCUUUAAGAUAGACCAGGCUACGCGCCUGGCCACGACAUCUUGUAAAUUGUAGCUUAGAAAGUAGCUAGUAAGCAACAUCCCAAGUGCCGAAGUGGAUCGAUCCGAUUAGACAAGCUUCUGCAGUGCAAGCAUUAUGUCUUCAGCGCUAUUGCUGGCCGGCAGACGGGGGUGGCGCCCUCAAGCACAACCCAUCGACGACUUAGGGCCAAGCACCAGCGCUCCGACCCAUUUCGAGUUCUGGCCAGCACCAUCCCGGCGGAGCCGGGGUCGCAGGAUAGCGACAAGCAGCGAUAACCAACGGCUCUACCGCAGCAGCUAUGGAGGCAACCCUUUCGGUGGGCGCCCUUCAUGCCCCCUCCGUGCACAGCCUAACGACAACACCCAACGAACUUCCCCCGACGCACUGCCCGGCCCCGCACCUUCCUUAAACACCACCCGCAACGGCGGUAGCAGCGGCGACGGCAGCAACCCGUUCCCUGUACGAGCAAGUCACGACAGCGGUCGUCGCAGCGCCGGCGGCGGUGGCGGCAGCAAGCGCCGGCGAUGGAAGGAUCCCGUGUACGAUAAACCCGUCGUACCACUCGUACGAAAAGCGGAUCGCGAUCUGCUUCCCGGCGGCGUGCCCAACACGCCCUGGCGACGGCUGGCGUACAAACUUCGGUUGGCACCAGAUUUACGCGAGCUGUUAAAAAUCUACGGCUCCAACUGCCGCAAUACUAAUGUGUGGAGCCCCCGCCACACGGCGCUUGUCGCGAUCCGAGGCAGCGCGAUCCUCUACCCCAAGGCUGUAGCAGCGGCGACAGCGGCAGCGGCGGGGACCGACAAUGACGUCGCCGCUGCCGCAACUGCCCUCGGUUUAUCCUCUCAACCGCCACAACAACAGCAGCAGCAGCAGCAACCGCCGCAGCCUGCGAUUAAAGCCGAAGCAACGUCGCUGUUUGAGCGUCUUGCCACCACCCUCUCCUCCUGCGGCAGCAACGGCAAGAACGACGCGCUACGGCAGGUGCCUUCCUUCCACAUCGCUCGGUUGCUCGUCGCCAUGGCUUGGGCACAUGCACGUGGCGAGAAAUGCGAAGCCCUGGUAGGCCGACUUGUAACCGAGUUGCUGCGCUGUCGCGGGCUGAAGCUGGCGCAGGUGGCGAGUGCGGAGCCGCAGCUGUUCGGCCGUCUGAUUGUUGCCCUGGCGCAUCUGUCGCCACGUGACGACAGGUUGUGGGUGGAGCUGCAGCGUCUGACGUUGGCGGCGCUGCUGCAAGGGCAGGCGGAGGCGGCGGCGGCGGUGUCGGCGUCGGCGGCGGGAUACAACGCCGGUGCAGUGCCUACCAGUGAGGGCGGUGGGCAGCAGCCGCUGCGGCUCUGGGGAUGCAGUGGCGCCGGCAGUGAGCUUGAGCCCGCCGGCGGCAGCGAAGGUGCAACAGGGCGGCCUCAGCAGGGCCUUCUUGACACGUCGCUGCUGCCGGAUUGUACGACAGCUGAUCUGGCCAACCUAGCGUUCGGCUUCGCAGCUGCCGACCGAGCGCUGCCGCCGCUGUUCGCAGCACUGUACGACGCGGCGUUACGUCGCGAUCUGCCGUACGAACCCGACACGCUGUCGCGGUUGCUGUGGGCCUGGGCGCGCGCGGGGCUGCCGCCGGGUCGCCUGGCGGAGCGUGUCGUGGCGGCGUUUCGGCCGCUGCUGAUGACGUCACCGGCGCGGCCACUGGGGCGGGUAAUAUGGGCACUGGGCAUGCUGGGCGCAGGGUACCUCUCCGGCGCCAGCGGCGGAAGCGGCGGAAGCCAAGGGCAGGAGCAGGAACAUGGGUAUGCGCAUGCGGGGAAUUUCCUGUCGGAGGCGGGGGAGGCCAUCGUACGACGGCGGCUUGUGUUUGGCUCCCCACAAGAGCUUGUGAACGUUGUGUGGGGUUUCUCACAGCUCGGGGUGAGGGUGCGGGCGGAGACGCAGGUGGCGGAGGAGGCGCAGCGGCAGCGACGAGCGGCGGUACGACAGGAGGAGAGCGCUGAGAGGGCGAAGCCGCGUGGCAGGAGACGGCGUGGGCCGGAGCGGAUUGAGGAGGGCGGAGGAGGCGUGGCUGGCAGCGGUGGGAGCAGCAGCAGCGACAGUGGCGGAUCGGGGGAGACGUCGGAGGCUGCUGGACAGCAACCGCCGCAGUUGCAGCACGAGGCAGCUGUACCUUGGACUGGAGAGGUGGCGGCGGAGGCGCCGACGGCAGCGGGCCCUGACGCCGGAUUGCGGCAGCCGACGGGGCGGCAUGCUACCGAGGAAGGGCAGCAAGAGGGAGGGGAAGGGUGGCAGGGGGAGCCGCGACAGCAAGCAUUGAACCACCAAGAUGAAGGUGCUCAGGCGGGUAGUGGGGACUGCAGGGGAGCAGCAGCUGCGGCUGACCCGCAGACGGAUGCGCCGGCGGUUGCGCUCUUGUUUCCUCCUCAGCAACAGCAGCCGGAGCAGCAGGGAGGGAGCGGAAGUCGCUGCGUCGCAAGGUCUGCCCCUUCAAGGACCUCGACACCCACGCAGGCGUGGCUUAACGGCACGGCUGCUGCCGACACUCCUGACACCGACGAUGCCGGCAGAGCAGCUUCCGUACAACUCCCCGCCGCUGACACCACGACGCCCGCGCCGCUGCCGUCGCUGCGGCCGCUACCGCUGUCGGCGGUGCUUGACGCAGCUGACGCGCGCACCCAGGCGCGUGCAUCGCUGCCCCCACCCGACCCCAGCACACCACUUGCGUUGUACCGCUACCUCGCACACAGCUUCCUCCGCGGUUACACCGGGUCUGCAACCCGCUGGUCCAUGUCAAACUCCCAACUUGCCGUACUUGCGAUGAGCUUUGCUCGCGCAGGGUACGGCAACAAGAGCCUGUUUUACACGCUGGCGCGCAUGGCGGUACGGCGCUUGGCCUCGCUGACACCCACGGACUUGGUGCUCAUCCUGCGCGCGCUAACGGCGGUUAGGAUUCCGCAUGAUGGGCUGCUGCAGGCUGCAUGCAACAUGGUGGAUGUUCGGUUUGGGGAGUUCACGUCGCGACAGCUGGCGGAUGUGUUGUGGGCGGUUCAGUCGCUUCAGCCGCACGGAUCGUACGUAGCGCUUGUGGAGACGCUGCGGCGGCGGCGUCACGAGGGCGGGCAAAGGAUGGAUGUACGGCACCGGCUGCAGCUGCAGCAGCAGCGGCAAGCGGUGCGGUUAAUGGAGGAGCAUCAGGUGGUGAGGGGAGUGGAGGAGGGGUGGGCUGUGGCGACGGCGGCAGCGACGGCUGCUGCUGCGAUGGAGGAGGUGGAGGCAGCGGCGGAGGCGGCGGAGGCGGCGGCAGCAGGAGUGAGGUAUACUCGGUUGCCGGUGGCGGCUGAGCGGUUCCACGUGCCCGCGCAUUUACUGGAGGAUGCGGAGUGGCCUGGACGCAGGGGGGAUGUCGACGGGAGGGAUGGUGAUGAUGAUGAUGAUGAUGAUGAGGAGGAGGAGGAUGGUGAGGAGGAGGAGUAUGAAGAGGAGCAUGGGAAUGGAAGUUCGUGGGUUGGAAGCAGCAGCGGCAGCAGCAGCAGCAGAAGCAACGGCGGUAGAGGCGGGAGGUGGCAGGAGCGGCCGUUGGGUCGGACGACCCAUGGGUCAGCUGGGGAGGGCGGACACGGCACAAUGGCUGGCCCCACAUCAGUAGCGACGGGAGGGGCAAUGAGGUUGCGGGGGUGAGGGCCCGGAGGCAGCUAGGCAGGUAUACUAGUGCAAAGGGCUAAGGGUUGCAGGUUUCUGGCGCAUGCAUGCAGUGGUAUGGAUGGGCAGAUCAGAUAGGGUGCAUGAGAGCACAUGGUUCGCUAGGUCCCCAGACUUUCUAUACGUGUUGCACCCAUAUGGUGAUAAAGGCUUGGUAUGAAGUCGUGUAUGAAGGCAGAAGCGGAUAUGCCUGCAUGCGACCACUCGGUCAGCUGCAGGGCGGAUGACGGUAUGAGAUCCGUACGACAAGUUGUUGUUGUUGUUGUUGUGGUAGUGCGCUUGGUGGUUCAGACCAGGCUGCCGCCGGUCGAGAGGGGGGUUGGAACGACGACCGCUGAAUGUUAAAGAAACUGGCC